GGCUGCCAUGAUGAGAUGCAGGCAUCUCUAGAAGUUGGAAAAGGCCGGGGAAUGGAUUCUUGUCUAGAGCCCCAGAGGGAACACAGCCCCAAAGAGACCCUGGGUUUAGCAGUGAGACUGUUUUGGGGCUUUUCUACCCCACAGAACUGCAAGAUAAUAAAUCUGUGUUGUCACAAGCCACCAAGUUUCUGACAAUUUGUUAACGGCAGCCAUAGAAAAUUAACACAAGGUGCAAACCAAUGCCCACGCCAGAUGGGUUCUUGGGCAGGAUGCUGGGACCGGCCGUGAGCUGGACCUCCAGGGUCCGGUCUCAGCGGCAGCCCCCCAGGAGUUCCCUUCGGGAUGGGGCUCAGUUUCCACGGACAGACGGUUCUCUUGCAGGGCUGUGCGCUGGCCAAGGAAGCAGAGGGACUGACGAGCCCCUUCCCAAGCCCACCCUCAGGGCCUGGCCCAGCUGGGUGGUGCCUCCCAGAAGCAGUGUAAGGCUGCGAUGCCGAACUCCGACCAAGAAUGUCAACUUUGCUCUCAGGAAGGGAAAUAUUCUUUUGGAUUUUUCACGAUCACCGGCUUCCAAGGAGGGCCUGGCUGAAUUUCACCUCACUGACCUAAGAACCAGCCACGCUGGAGACUACAGCUGUGAGUGCUACAGACCAGGGGCCCCGGACAUAAGAUCACCGCCCAGUGAGGUCAUCCUGCUGCUGGUGACAGGAGGUCUCCCUAAACCUUCCCUGCAAGCCCACCAAAGGGGUGUGGUGACUGCAGGAGACGACGUGACCCUGCAGUGCCAGAGGCCAGACAAUGUUUUCGGGCCCAUGAGUUUGCCCUGCUGAAGGCGGGAGUGGCAGAGCCCAUCCGGCUCCGGACCCCAGCCGGCAAGGAGGCAGACUUCUCCCUGCAGACUGUGACAGUCGGUGACGCCGGGAACUACAGCUGUGUCUA